AUGCGGUUCAUAACCGCCCUUGCUUCAUCACUAUGCUUCUCUUCAUUUAUAUACGCUUCCCCUUAUCGUCCAGACCUGACACCUUACAAUCUCAAUGUAAACCAAUCCGCCCAGUCUCCUAUAGAUUAUUCAACCACAAGAUCAAACACAACCUACACUCCUUCUCCACAAAACUGGCGUUCAAUCCCAAUGUACACCGUCCUUAUGGACAAGUUUGCUGACGGUGACCCUUCAAAUAAUCAGUUCUUUAACUCCCCAUACGAAUGGGAUUGGAGAGAAACCCAACUUCGUUUCGGUGGUGACCUCAAAGGUCUAACAUCAAAACUGGACUACAUCCAAGGAAUGGGCAUCAAGGCCAUAUAUCUCUCAGGUACAAUAUUCUUGAACAUGAUAUGGCAAGCCGAUAGUUAUUCUCCUCUCGACUUCUCCGUGUUGGAUCCUCAUUGGGGUACUAUUGAUGAUUGGGUAAACUUCAUCGACAUCCUACACGAACGCGGCAUGUAUAUCAUGUUGGAUUUCACAGUCGGAACCAUGUCCGACCUUCUCGGCUCUGAAGGUUAUAUCAAUGCAAGCGCCCCAUUCAGUCUCACUGAAUAUCCUGCAAUGUACAAAAACCCAAAGCACCUCCCCUGGGGUUUCGAGCAGUAUGUUGAUUUUUCCGUCAUUAAUGAGCGUAACCAUUCUUGCCAACUUCCCGUGUUUUGGCAAGAGGAUGGAACAAUCCUGCCUGCGACGGGAUAUGAUGGUUGUUACGAGUCCGACUUUGACCAAUAUGGUGACAUGGACGCCUUUGGUGUUCACCCUGCCUGGCAGCGUCAACUUUCUAAGUUUGCAUCUGUACAGGACCGUCUCCGCGAAUGGAAGCCUUCCGUUAUGGACAAACUCACUACCUUUUCCUGCAUGGCCAUCACAGCCCUUGAUAUCGAUGCCAUUCGUGUCGACAAGUCCACGGAGAUCACCGUCGAUGGCCUAACCGCUUGGGCAUCUGCAACUCGUGCUUGCGCCACCGAUCUUGGAAAGAAGAACUUUUAUAUCACCGGUGAAGUCACUGGCGGUGACACCUUUGGGUCCCUAUACCUCGGACGUGGCCGUACCCCGACUAUGCUGCCCCCCGGAUUCCUCGCCAACUCGACAGAAUCCGAAAACCAGUAUUUCUUGCGCCCACAGUCGUCGAAUAGCCUCGACGGCUACGCGUUCCAUUACGCGAUAUACGGCUCCCUCAUCCGUUUCCUUGGACUGGAUGACAAAGUGGAUCACAAUACCAACUUAAUCACCGCUUGGAAUCAGAUGCUCGUGACCGACGACUUCUUGAAUCCAAACACCGGCCUCGCCGAUCCGAAGCAUUUAUUCGGCACAAGCAAUUUCGAUGUUUUCCGUUGGCCCAGUUUGUCGAAUGGGACAUUGAGAUCCGCAUUGGCGUCUUAUAUCACACACCUGGUCAUGCCAGGGGUUCCAUUGGUCUACUAUGGCGAGGAGCAGAAUUUCUAUCUAUAUGACUCCACAGCCUCAAACUAUCUCUUUGGCCGUCAAGCUAUGAUGAGCAACAAGGCUUGGCAGCGCCACGGGUGCUACAAAGUUGGAUCCGUCCAAUACUCCAACAUGCCGCUUGAGUCCGCCUUAAAGGGAUGUGACGACGAUUGGAACUCGCUCGAUCAUUUUGAUCCGACGACGGACAUGCGUCGCCUCCUGAAACAUUUUUUGUACCUCCGAACCACCUACAACGCCCUCCAAGACGGCUUCGAACUCGUACAGCUUGGAAACUGGACCGACUUCGUCGAGUUACCAGGUUCAAACAACAUCGUCACCGAAUUGGGCCUCUGGUCCGCAUCACGUGCAGGUAUGCCGAACGUACAAAACCUGACAGGGGAGCGCACCGAUCAGGUCUGGCUAUUGUACUCCAAUCAGAACAACUCACAGUCGUUUUCGUACGAUUGCAGCGGUCCGCUGUGGAUAUCGUCACCCUAUGUUGGUGGGACGACGGUGAGGAACUUGCUUUCUCCGUACGAGAAUUAUACGCUCGUAGACUCGGGGUCAUCGUAUCAUAAUAACGGAGGGGGACCGUGGUAUGGGUGUCUGCAGACGGUGGAGAUGGACGCGUUCGGCUUCAAGGCUUUGGUCCCUAUCAGCGAGUGGGUCCCUGCCCCCCCUAUGCUCACCAAGUUCCUGCCUGGGCAUGACGCACGCAUCGAAGUCAUGCGGGGGGAGCCAAACGCCACGAUUGUGAACCUCGUGCUAGAGUUCAAUGUGGCAAUGUCGUGCGAUAGCGUCACGCAGAGUUUAUCGUUCAACAUGUCGUCUUCUGGCAUCGGUGGGCAGCCUACGCUCAACCUGACUUCGGUGGUGUGCAAUGCUGUCACGAAUCCCACCAUGUCGUCCGUUGUGGGAACUCCGUACUCGCAGUGGUCGUGGUCUGGUACACUGACCGAUGUUUCGGAUGGGAUUUUGGAGAUUAUUGUUAACAAUCCAACAUCGUUCGAUGGGAUGCUGUCUACUGGGAGCAUAGAUCAUCUGCUGCUGCGCAAGGGCGAAGCGAACAAUGUCAUGGUGUUCCCCGAGUCCGAUUAUGAUAACACAGAUUUCAACUACACUGACGGCCAGUACACAUUCACGCACCGUGCCUAUGGAGCGGAUAUGUUCAGGUACUCAGGCGACUUCACACUGAGUUGGUCUAACUGGACGAAUUGGGAGAACGUUACGAUCAUACCCGCUGAUGUCCUCAGCAAUUCUGAUACUUUCUGGACGGGACAACAUCUCAUAGUGCAAUAUUGGAGUGGUGUCGCGACUACGUCCAGCGUCGUCGUGCAUGCAGAUUUGGACUACAAGCAGCAGCGUCGCGUUCCCCAGUUCCUCGCUCGAGGUCCUUUCAACGACUGGGGUUAUGACCAGGGUAUCUCCAAUGCGAUGAACCUAGUCAGCGAUGGCACUUGGGAGCUCGAAAUCAUGGCUGCGUGGCCAACGUACCUGCAACUCAACGUGUUUGGGUACGAUGAUUACUACUACGGUGACGUCGACGCGGACGGCGUUAUGGAUCGGCUACCACCAAACAGCAUUGCGCUGAACUACUUGAACUUGUCAGCACCCCCAUAUCCUUCACUCGCAUGGGCACUCAUCGUUGAUGAUGCCACGUUGGAGUGGACUCUUGAGCCUCGUGGCCAUGCUUCUGUCAGCGCUACCAUGUACGGGCUUCUCUGCACUCUCUCCCUCAUUACCGGAGUUCUCGCAGUCGUCAUUUUCAUGUACUCUUUCUACGGCAUCCGCCACAAUCUGUACGGUGUGCAGACGAAUUCAGGCGCAAGCAAGUAUUUCCCUAUCAUCAGAUUGCUCAAUAAGUCGACCGCAGACUUCAAAGAGAGCGUGACGCCCAUCGCGGAAAAAGUCUUUGGGCACAAGCCGAAUGCGGAGAUCGUAGGAUGGCCAGAGGAUAAAAAUACGCGGCGCAAAGUCCUCAUCGCGACGCUGGAGUAUGAGAUCAUUGACUGGAAACUCAAGGUCAAGAUCGGAGGUCUCGGUGUGAUGUCAUCGCUCAUGGGAAAAGCUAUGACGGACGUUGACUUGAUCUGGGUCAUUCCAAAAGUCAAGGACCUGGAUUAUCCCGCUGGUGAACCUGCAGAGCCUAUCGAAGUUAUCAUCUUCAAUGAGCCUUAUCGUAUCGAAGUGGAGACGCACGUGUUGGACAAUAUCACCUAUGUCAUCCUCGACAGCCCCGUUUUCCGUGCACAGACCCAAUCAGACCCGUACCCAGCCCGCAUGGACGAUCUCAGUUCCGCCAUCUUCUACUCUACAUGGAACCAGGCCAUCGCGACCACCAUCCGCCGAUUCCCCGUCGUCGACAUAUACCACAUCAACGACUAUCACGGCGCGCUUGCUCCGAUUUACCUUCUACCCAAAGUAGUACCCGUUUGUCUCUCGCUGCACAAUGCCGAGUUCCAGGGUCUAUGGCCGCUUCGAACAAAAGAAGAGAUGAAAGAAGUCUGCUCCGCGUUCAACAUCAGCAAAGAGCACUGCACGAAAUACGUCCAGUUCGGAAACACGUUUAACCUGCUUCACGCUGCUGCAUCGUUUAUCAGCGUUCAUCAAAAGAGCAUCGGUGUCGCUGGAGUCUCGGACAAGUAUGGGAAGCGCAGUUGGGUGCGGUAUCCUGCUCUGUGGACCCUCAAGUAUGUCGAUUCGCUGCCUAAUCCUGACCCUACGGAUAUCGCGGCUUUGGAUGAGAACCCGGUGGCUAUUCGUGAAGUGCAGAUCGAUCAGGUUGUUGAGGCGCAGCGUCCGGAGAUGAAGAGGCAGGCGCAGGAAUGGGCGAACAUCAAGCAAGAUCCUGACUCUGACCUGUUUGUGUUCGUUGGUCGGUGGUCGAAGCAGAAGGGCGUUGACCUGAUCGCGGACGUUAUGCCAUCGCUCCUUGAGAAAUGCCCUUCGAUACAGCUGAUUUGCGUCGGACCUGUCAUUGAUCUUUAUGGUCGGUUCGCUGCGGAGAAACUUACUCGGUUGAUGGAGAUGUACCCUGAUCGUGUUUACUCGAAACUGGAGUUUACUGCGUUACCGCCUUAUUUGUUUAGUGGUGCUGAUUUUGCUCUGAUUCCUUCUCGUGAUGAACCGUUCGGAUUGGUCGCUGUCGAAUUUGGGAGGAAAGGUGCUCUUGGUGUUGGUAGUCGACUCGGUGGUCUUGGGUUGAUGCCUGGAUGGUGGUUCCCUGUGGAAUCUACCUCAACAGACCAUAUGUUGUCUCAGCUUUCGAAGACGAUCAAGCUGGCGUUAAAAUCCACAGAGGAAGAAAGAGCCAUGCUUCGUGCUCGGUCAGCUGUUCAGCGUUUCCCAGUCAUCGAAUGGCGUCAGCGGAUGGAGGACAUGCACCGACGGAGUAUAAACAUCAGCCGAAAGCUAGCUGGUUCAAACGCUUGGCGGGAGGCGGACUGCGGGACUGAGCCCUCUCAGCAUGCGGUUCCGGAGGCAGAAGAUUGGAACCCUGUCAAUCAAGGACUGCCUGGUCAACCUGACUGGGAUGCACAGAGCGCCAUGUCAUCCCCAAGAUUGAUGCUUAGUUCUCCUGGAAGCCAGGUUUCAACGUCCCACGAUGAGAGCUUUCUGUCAGUACCGUCUGGUCUCAACUUCAACUCCUCAUACACGUUGGAUAAGAAACGCUCGUGGCAUAGUUUGGCGACUAGUAGUCGGUCCGGGUACAGUGACAUUGGUAGCAUCAUGAAAGAAAAGACCAGCUCACCGCUGAACAAAGCUAUUACGACGUUCACGGACUCUGAUGGCGGCGUUGCCUCAGAGUUUGUGCAAAAGCUGCAAGCGUUGAACUCGCAUAACUCCAAGGGCGAACUCUCUAUUGAGAAGUACCUCGUCAAGUCUGAGGAGGCUUUCUUCGAACGUGUGAGACGAGACAAACUGUCCAGUGCAACCAGUCACAUUUCCUCGCACCGGGAGUCUAUCCAGACCAUGCUGGCUCGACGAAUUGGAGGCUGGCCGUUGUAUACUAUCAUCAUUGCUCUUGGCCAGAUGCUUGCUGCAAACAGCUACCAGAUGACUUUGCUCACUGGCCAAAACUACCAGAACGACAUCCAGCUAUAUUUUCUCGGUGCUGUAUUCUUGGUUUCAUCUUUUGUUUGGUAUACCAUGUUCCGCUUGAAGCCUUCUGUCUACGUUCUUUCUGCUCCCUGGCUCUUCUAUGGCAUAGCAUUCUUUUUGAUUGGCAUUCCCUCGUUAUCACCGAAACUUCAAGGAACUCAUACCAUCGUAUCGGACAUUGCCACUUGGUCAUAUGCUGUCGCUUCUGCUGCUGCUUUCAUCUUUUUCGGCUUGAACUUUGGAGAAGAAGCGGCUGCCCCUACUGAAGUCUGGAUACUGCGCUCUUGCAUUGUACAAGGUUCUCAACAGAUCUGGGUCGCUGCCCUAUGGUACUGGGGUAGCACACUGAAUACCGCGACGCCUGGGUCCGUUACGCCUUGGUGGAUUGUCUUUAUCUUGUGGCCGCUCUCAAUAAUGUCGUUUGCGUUUGCAUACUUGAUGCUGCACGGACUGCCAGAGUACUACCAACAAACUCCUCCGAAAGUUCCAAACUUCCUCAAAACUCUCUUCCGAAGGAAGCUAGUUAUUUGGUUCCUCGCAUCUGAAAUCUUACGUGAUUAUUGGCUCAGCGGUCCCUACGGUCGCAACUGGAGUUUCCUGUGGAAUGUUCCGAUCCCCAAGUGGGCGAUCUUGCUUCUCACAAUCUUCUUUUUCGUCGGUGUCUGGGCUCUCAUGCUCUAUAUCCUCACGUCUUUGAGUAAGACGCAUACUUGGUUGUUGCCCGUGUUCGCUGUCGGCCUUGGUGCUCCAAGAUGGUGUCAGACAUUAUGGGGCACCUCGUCUCUCGCGCUCUAUAUCCCGUGGGCUGGCUCAGGGGGACCAUACCUCGGUCUUUCUCUGUGGCUUUGGCUCGGUGUUUUGGAUGCUGUACAGGGUGUGGGCUUGGGAAUGAUUCUCCUGCAGACGUUGUCAAGAUUGCACGUCUGUUCCACGCUCGCUCUCGCUCAGGUCAUUGGGUCUAUCUGUGUUAUGGCCGCCCGCGCAACCGCACCAAACCGCAUCGGUCCAGGGAGCGUAUUCCCUAAUGUCGGAACAUGGGACUUCUCGCAUGGUAUCAAGGGCAGCCCGAUGGCCUCCCCUCCAUUUUGGCUGGCGCUGACCUGCCAGAUUGUCAUUGUACUAGGUUACUUCUGGUUCUACCGCAAAGAGCAACUAGCUCGACCAUAA